AUGGUUAUUUCUUGGAUACUCAAUAGUUUAGAUAAAGAAAUUGAUGAUACUGUUAUACAUACUGAGACUGCUUCUGAAAUUUGGAAGGAAAUUAAAAAGAGAUACGGUCAGGCUAGUGGUACUAAGGAUAAAUGGGUCAAAUUAGAAGGGGAUCAAAGGGUUCAUCAAUUCUUAGCUGGAUUAAAUGAUUCAUAUGUUGGGAUUAGGAGGAACAUUUUGAUGAUUAAGCCGCCCGUAGAUUUAGAUGGAGUCUAUUCCAUGUUGAUACAUGAUGAACAACAGUCUGAUCUUCAGGCUUCUAUUGCUUCUUUUGCAUUUGGAGUUGUAUCCUUCUCUACUACUGUUGGGGAUCAGAAGUCUUCUUAUCGUCAAAGGGUGAACUUUGAUUCUAGAAAGCCCAAUUAUUCUCGGAGACUCAACUAUUCUCAAAGCCAGUACUGCAAGAGAUCAGGGCACUCCAUUAAGAAAUGUCAUAGAUUGCAUGGGUAUCCAUCAAAUUUUCAGUUUAAUAAAGGGAAAAAGACGGCUACCUGUGUUCAGGGUAUGCAACCUUUUCCCCAGCCUCAGGGUCAGGGUGAUCCUUCUCAAAAUUCAACUCUUCCACAUUACUCUUCAGAAAUUGCUCUGCAUGGUUUCAGCUAA